GUGACGGUGGAAUCGUGACGCCCGCCGUACGUCAUGUUCUCCUAACUUUGUGAGGUUACCCCUCACUUGUCAGGAGAUCCAUCAUCCAGUUGCUCGUUUGCUGGGGGUAUAACUAUGGCUACUGGCAUAGCUGUUCUGCUCCUCAUCACGAGCUCCGUGCUCUAGAAGUCCUCGUAUUCUUAUUUAUAUCAGUAAAGGUCGACGUCUCGCACAUCAUGUCCGAUAAAAACCGAGAACGAGGCCUCAAAGCGGCUAUCCACAACCCCAGGGUGUCGGAGGAAGCUAAACAGCAUGACCGCGAGCUUCUCGCCAGUGAGUUCGGUGAGCAGGUAGAGGAGCCAGAACAGACGGGAAAGAGCAAGCGGCGCUCUUCGACCAGCAGGAGUGCGGCCCCACGCCUUCACCAAACAAAGAGAGAGACCCAGCCGGGCUCUUCCACGGCUGCGCCUGAAGCGCAUGCGAGUGGCACAAAGGCCCGGCGAGCUUCGAGUGGAGAUACAGGGGGCUCGCAGCAGAUCGGCGAGGAGAAGGACAGGGGCAAUGUAAUUCGAGGACUGAAAGCUGCUCUCAAGAACCCGCAUGUCUCGGAAAAGGCCAAAGAGGAGGACCGCAAGAGACUGCAAGAGAUGGGUGAGACAGUCGAGUAGGGUUUUCAGCGACCACCUACUUUAGGUGAUCUCCUCAGUGUAUAGUCUUGUAAUGAUCGCACCGGAAAGUUGAGAACUUGUUUUCUAGGUGAUGUCCAGCCUUCU